UCGUGGCACGCCAAAUUCAAGGACUCCGCCUACAUCUUCGCUGGUGGGCUGUCAUUCGAUCUCACGGAGGGAGACAUCCUGGCUGUGUUUUCGCAAUACGGUGAGAUCGUCGACGUCAACCUGGUCAGGAACGAGGAGACCGGGAAGUCCAGAGGAUUUGCCUUCAUCUGCUAUGAAGAUCAGCGCAGCACUGUCCUCGCCGUGGAUAAUCUGAAUGGUGCCAAAGUCCUCGGACGGACCAUCAAAGUCGAACAUGUAGAGGAUUACCGG